ACAAUUCGUUGACAUAAAUGUCAAAUGUCAUGUCAAUCAUUUUGAUUUUUGCGUGUAGACACGCAUUUAUGUUUUAAAUAAAUUUAAAAUAGUGUUUAAAUGAUGCAACAUCAGUAUUGGGUGACAAAAAAAAGUGUUUUACGUAAAUUAGGCGGCAAGGAAGACGAAUGUAUUGUGUCAUCAGACGCCGAGCUCGAUGCAAAACUCGAACUCUUCAAAUCUAUAAACGAUAGCUGCGUUCAGUUACAACGAGUCAUAGAUUUGUACCAAGAAAGACUUUGUUACUUAGCCCAGGAGGAGAACGCCCUCGGUCGAUACUUGAAAGAAUACGGCAAAAACGAGAAAAAUGCCAGUGCGGGCCAAAUCAUGUCAACAGCUGGCAAAGCUCUGGCUUAUACAGGCCACCAAAGGCUCACCGUGCGGCCCCCUCUGGUACGUCUGCACCACGAAGUGGAGACAUUCCGCGGACGCGCCAUCUCAGACACCCGUACCACUGUAGUAGAGAUGGAAAAAGCUCGAACGGAAUAUCGCGCCGCUCUAAGUUGGAUGAAAUCAGUCUCCACUCAGUUGGACCCCGAUACCGGGUAUGGCCUCGACCGGUUUCGCAAGGCACAGUCCUACGUAAAAAGCACCAAGACAAAAUUUGACCGACUAACGCUAGCUUGUCUCCAGAAAGUCGACUUACUCGCCGCUGCGCGAUGCAACAUGUUCUCGCAUGCACUCGUGCCCUAUCAGGGGGCUCUGGCCACGUUCGCGGCCAAAGCAACCGAGACUCUCACGCUAGCGGCCAAUAAAGUAGGGGACGUGCAACCAUACGAUUUCAGCGCAAUUUCGGAACUGGCAACACCGCAACAUGAAAAAGACAAAGAAACGUUUUUCAACGCAGAGUACACCGACAAAGAAUCGGAAAAGACGGCCGAGAAGGAAGAAUCUCAAGACUUACAAGUGUCGAAUUUGCUGGGAGAAGAAUUCUCACUUCCGGCUCCGGAACUGGAGCCUCCCGUCCAAGAUGGCUCAAAUCCGAGUUCGGCCUUGCUUGAUUUGUGUUGGCCCAACAACAGUGAUUUCCUCGGGGGCGAUUUUAUGCCGUCGAAGCUCAUACAGGAGGGGAAUUUUGAUUUUAGCCAAUUAGAGGUUGGGAAGACGGACGACAAUACCAAAGAAAACGAUAAGCCAAAGAAAGUAUCUGGCAAAGGGAACGAGAAAAGUGGGACACAAAUGUCGUGGCUGAGUUUGUUUGCAGAAUUAGAUCCGUUGGCCAAUGCCGACCAGGAGUUGACCAAUUCGGGCGAUAGGGCGUAAUGGUCUGAACUACGAUGUCUUAUUUUUAAGUAUAUACACAACCUUGCAUAAUGUAUAUAACAUUCCUUUGUGAUUUUUUGCACUAGUCAUAACCAAAUUGCAUUGUUUAAACCUAUAUGAAUAAAUAUUCAUGAAAGUAA